AUGAUCAUGCAUUCAACUAGCCUGUUUACAAAUCCAUAUGCAAUUGAAGUCGUAAGGACUAAAAAAGAAGAGCUAGUAGAAGGCAUAAACGACCCAGACCAUCUUCUGAACUGGCUGAUAGACAAUGUCGCUAAAGGCUAUCUUUCUGAGUUAGAGAAAACACUGGAAGAUAAUGAUAUUAAUGCACUGAACUCCUCAAGUGAAACACUUCUGCAUGUCGCAGCUGCUAAUGGGCAUCUAACGAUAAUGGAAUAUUUGAUCAGCAAAGGUGCAAAGACAGAUGUGAAGGACAAGAAAGGAAGAACACCGCUGCACAGGGCUGCUGAGAAAGGCCACGGUGAUGCAGUGAAAGUGCUUCUCCGAUGUGGUGCUUAUAUGUACAGUUUGGAUACGGAAGGCAAGACACCACUUCAUUUGGCUGCACAGAAUAAACACAGUCACAUACUGAAGAUGGUCCUGAAAGAAGAGGCAAGAAGCUACAGGAACCAGCACAACUUUUUGCACAUGGCAGCUCUUAAAGAUGAGAGCAGUCUGUCAAAGAUGCUUUUAAAGGCUGGCGCCUCCACUGAUGGAAAAGAUGAAAGAGGACAGACUGCUCUCAGUUAUGCUCUUUCUCAGGGGUCUGAAAAUACUGCAAAAGUACUGCUAGAAGCCGGAGCCAGUGUUGACUCCAAUACAGCCGAAAGAGCCUUCAACAGCAACCACCCAUCCAUCUUCAAAACACUACUAGAAUAUUCUAAAGAUUUGUCACCUGACAUAAUGAAGUCAGCUCUUUUUAGAGCUGUACAGAAAAAUCUGCAUGGUAUUGUAGCAGCUUUAAUUGACAGAGGUACAGAUAUAAACGCCUACAAUGAAAUGCAGUACACUCCUCUACUCCUGGCAUGUGAAACAGGCAAAGCUGAAUCAGCAGAAGUUCUAAUUGAAAAGGGAGCAAACUUCAGAAUAAAGACUCCUGCUUCACACACAGCUUUGCACUUGGCAGUUCAAGCUGGGGCUGCUUCCAUUGCAAAUCUGCUUCUGCGCAAAGGGAUGGAAGUUAACCUUAUGAACCAAGCUGACGAAACCCCGCUCCAUGUUGCUGCCCUUCAUAAUAAAGGAGCAUUAGUUGGCCUGUUAGUUAAUGCUGGGGCCAAAAUUAAUGCUGUCACUAAAGAGUUUGUUACUCCCCUGCAUAUUGCAAGUCAAAGAGGUAACACUGAUGUUGCCCAACAGCUGUUGCACCACAAAGCCAAUGUCAAUGUUAAGGAUAAGCAGUCAAAAUCACCUUUACAUUUUGCUGCUGAAAGGGGAGACAAAACAAUGGUAGAGAUGCUUCUGAACGCUAAUGCUGACCCCAAUGCACAAGACAAGGAGAAAAAGACUCCCCUGCACACUGCAGCUGUGAGAGGAUAUCUCAGUAUCGUGAAAGUUCUGUUAGCUAAAAAAGGAAGAUUCGGAGCUAAGGACAUGGAUGGAUGUACUCCAAUACACUAUGCAGCCACCAAAGGAAACACAGAGAUCGUAAAAAUUCUUCUGACAUCAGGGAAAAAUAAAAAUAUUGAUGACAGAAACAUUUGGAGAAAGACUGCACUGCAUAUUGCAGCGGAAUAUGGACACAGCGACUUGAUAAAUCUAUUACUGAGCCAUGGGGCAGCCAUUAAUGCCUUAGACAGCAGCAAGGAUACUCCAUUGCAUUGUGCAUGCAAGGCUGGUCAUUUUAAUGCUGCAAAUUCCCUCAUAAACUGGUCAGAAGGAGAAAAAGCAAAUUUACUAGCUGCUAAUAGUCUCAAAAAGACCCCAUUGCAAGUAGCAGAAUUUAAUAAAACAGAAAAUCAGGCUCAAAUUAUAACACUUUUGAAAAGGAAAAUGUUAAUAACGAAAUGA